AGCGCUUUGAUCCGAAUGGCUCAGGCUCCCGGGUUUAGAGGGGUGCUUCCCCAUGGCGUUGAGCGCUGGUGCCUCCGGAUCGCGCGAAUUGUAUAUACUUGUAUUACGUCAAUGACCGAAGCGUCAGCUUCCAAAGAACCCCAAACCGAGGGAGAGGAGGUGAAGCUGAUAUUCGAGCUCCUAGAUGCUGACAAGAGCGGGAAGAUUGAUGCAGAGGAGCUGAAGCGAGUCUUGACCAUCCUCAGUGUUUGGGAUGACAAGCAAGUUGACACUCUGAUUUGCCAGUUCGACAAGAAUAAGGACGGCGAGCUCUCGAUCAUUGAGUUCUGGAGCUGGGUCAACGGCCAUGACGGGAGGUCUACAGAGGAGUACCGGCCCCAACUUCUGGAAAUGGCCGUGGCGGAGCACCAGAAGAACGUCUUGGCAAGUGAGGAGCGUUUAGCCGUCUUCCAAGCGAGGAGAGCCACGCAUGGAGUCAAGUCCGUGUCUUUGGAGAUCUUUUGCCCGAGGAAGGCGGCUGAAGAGGCCAAGGCGGCGGAGGAGGCCCAGAGGCAGGCGGAAAGAGAGCAGGGCCUCCGCUUCAGCCGCGAGGAUUUCGUGAGAAGGAAGAUGGAGGCCGGCUUCUCCAAAGCAGUGGCAGAGGAGCUCUACAACCAGUGUGACCAAGACAAAGAUGGAGAGGUCAACCACGAAGACAUCGUCUGGUUGGUCUCAGAUACCUUGGCCACUGUGGAUCAAGUGAAGGCCACAUUUCAGAAGGGUGUGCAGAAGAAGGAGGAGGAGGUGAGUUGGAGCGAGGACUGGAAGGCAGAGGUCUCAAAGAUUCUGAAGCGCCGCGGCUUUAAAGAGGAGGAGGAAGGCCUAAAAUAUCAUACUACGAAUACAGCUGGCGAUCGCAUAGCGAUCAAGGACAUCUUGAAAGAUAAAUCAGCCUCGCUUGACUCCAAGCAGUUCCCGCUUACACUGCAUUUGCAGGCAUCCAACGUCACAGUGGCGGACUGUGAUGACAAGGGCCUCAGUCAGCUGGUCGAGACCUUCCUGGCCUGGGACAAGAACGGCGAUGGCAGCGUUUCCCCCGAGGAGUUGAAGGAAGUUCUGCAGCAAGUGAACCCAAAGUUCACCGAGGUGACGCUGAACAAGAUGAUGGCGGAGAUAGAUGUCAAUGGCGACGGUGUCAUAGAUUUGCAGGAAUUUGUUUCCUGGCUCUCUGGCGAGAACCUCAAGAAGAAGAAGAUGAAGAAAAAAGCUAAGGAAGAACAGGAUGCAAAGAUAGCUGCAACGCUGCAUCGAAAACGGGCAGAUGAAGCGAAAGAGCUCAAGAAGCUAGAUGGUUUCAUGUCAGCGCUCAACGUUGGGCUUGGAGAAGCUUGCCUAGCGAAAAAGCUGGAGGUCCACUGCGGGAAGCUCAACCCCGGCUCGAAUGCGAACUGCUCCGCCUGUGGCGGACGUCACGGCUGGGUGUGCCAUGGCUGUGGCUUCAUCUCGUUCACAGAGAGCUGCGUGAAUGGUUGCAGCGUGAGCUCGUAUGGGUGGUCUUGCAUCAGUGGAAAGUGCCCAAAGAAGAAAUGUGGAUGCAAGAAGAAGCCCGACUUCUGGCAGCGAUCCGGCUUCACAAGCACCUUGGAGAAGAUCUCCCACGACGUGGAGCACAUUGUGUCGAGUGCUCAAAGUUCAGGGUGAAGCUGAAAAGGAGCGCGUGAUCCUUGGGGUAGGUUUAGGCCUAGACGCGAUGCAUUCCAAAGGAAUGCACGUGAAUGUGUGCGGAUUGUGCAGAUUGCAUU